AUGAAGAAGAUCGUCGAUGAUUUGUUGAAUGAAGAAGAGCCAGAUGAGAUGACGGACUGGUCAGAUAUUGACUCAGAUACUUUUCGUCGACUCUGUCAAUUCUCUUACGAUGGGGACUACACGCCGCUGCAGACACAACGAGCUGCGAAGAGCAUGUCUGAUCACGAUGCUCUUUCUCACCUGGUCAGACCUGGCAGCAUUGGAGAGACCCCUGGCAUGAAUGCACCGGGUGGUAUCUAUGCUGCCACUGCUCAUAGCCACACUGCUGCUGCUGGUUACUAUCCAGCCCCGGGUCAGAUUGAUGCUACUUCUGCACACAAAUACAUUCCUGUCCUUGGCUAUGCUGCUGCUGCCAGCGAAGGCGCUGCUGCCAUCAUCGCACCUUGA